GCCGGUGACUAGCUAGCUGCUGGCUGCAUUGUCGCUUGUCCCCGCGAAGAAGAUAAGCCUCCGUCCCGCCACGCUGCACCCACCCCGUCCCUUCAUUUCAUUUCACACUACGCCAAGUGCACACGCUCCAGCCGCCGCAAUGGCCACCAUCCUUAGCAGCCUCCGCGCGCCGGCCUUCUCCCUCCGCCUCGCCCCGGCACCGGCGCCCGCCACCGUCGCACUGCCCGUGACGACCGGCAAGGUGCCCCGCGGCGCCAGGCUGCGCGCGCAGGCGACGUACAACGUGAAGCUCAUCACCCCCGAUGGGGAGGUGGAGCUGCAGGUGCCCGACGACGUCUACAUCCUUGACCAGGCCGAGGAGGAAGGGAUCGACCUGCCCUACUCCUGCCGCGCGGGUUCCUGCUCCUCCUGCGCUGGCAAGGUCGUCUCCGGCUCGGUGGACCAGUCGGACCAGAGCUUCCUCGACGACGACCAGGUCGCCGCCGGGUUUGUGCUCACCUGCGCCGCCUACCCCACCUCCGACGUCGUCAUCGAGACGCACAAGGAGGAGGAGCUCACGGCCUGAUCAAUGAAGUGCCAACUAUUUGAUUAUAUAUCGUCUCUGGUGUGUCUGCUUGUGCUUGGUACUAUCACUAGCUAGUACGUUCUUGGAGUUGCAUUUCCCGUGCUGAGUUCAUCGAUGGAGUUGGAGGAGCUAUCAUUCGUGCAUGAUGUUAGUGCUUAAUUAAUCGUUCCAUCUAGAUCCUUUUAAUUUGUUAAGGCAUGCAUACAUGUUUGCUUCAAUAUCGAUCGCAUAUUGUCACGAAAACUGUUUGUCAAAGUGCGCCUUAAUAAUUACCAAACUAUUUGCGGUGGAGAUA